AAGUCUAACGUUCAAUGUGAAGAAAACAAUCUGUACAUGUGCCAAUAAUAACCACUGUACGUGACAGUGAUAACAAUACAGCCGAUCAGUUUCGAACUCACAAUCAUUCAUAAGUUUAACCAAAGUUUAUAUCUGACCGUUUCGUGAAACAAAGUAUGUUGUCCAAGGAGAAGAACUUGUAUCAAGAACAGGAGAGGAAGUCCAGCAGUUUCCUGUAUUAUUUGUACACUUUGACAAUAUUUGCCAUAUUCAUACUUCUAAUACCAUGUGUGGUGUUGUUGUACUUAGUUGUGGCUGCAUGUCGAAUUGUGUGGCUCCGCUUUUUGGAGCAACGCUUUCCUGAGCUCGAGUUUGUGAGAACAACCAGUGUUCGAACAUGCGUGGAUACCUUACGGAACCAGGGGAUCAUAACACUCCUACUGCAAGUAAAAGGGGCCUGUGAUCUGAAUCAGUUCAAAGCUCAACUGAAGAAAGACAUCCUCAAUAAAACCAAAGAUGGCCAGUUGGUUUUUCCACACUUGAAAAUGGCUUUGACUAGCAGGUAUGGACGUUAUGCUUGGCUACCAGACUCCAGGCAACAAUUCGACAUUGAAAACCAUGUUGUCUCAGCAAAUCCACUCUUCAGAGGGCGCUCAGUUACUGGCUCAAAUAUACAGGAGUACGUGAGCGACAUAGUGUCGAAGUACCUGGCAGCCGAGCUGCCUCCGUGGCAGAUCACAGUGAUCCCUUGCGCGGCUGAGUUCUACGUGCUGAUCCGACUGCACCACCUCUACCUGUCCGAGGACCAGCUGGGUCUGGGUGACCUGCUCAUGCUCCGACCCAACGAGUCGUCCGACUGGUGUGAGUUGGGUCGGACGACAGCUGUCUCCGGGCCGGAUACGGACAGCACUCAGCAUUUGCUCACCGGCACCUUCCGCCCGCCUCAGGCUCUUCCUCAGUUAUAUGAGCAUGUGUGUGAGUCAUUUGCCAACUCGUGGAAUGAGAUAGUUUCUCUGUACGAUCCUCAAGAAAAUGUAGAAAUCACCAAGAAGCAGCCAACGCUCAGGACAUUCUUCAUUUUGUUUGCCAUCAUUCUGGUUUCGGUCGCCAAAGAAAUGGUGCGAUCUAAUAAAAGUGACAUUUUCAAGGUGUUUAUGGUGGAAUCUAGAAAACGGAGCUUCACAAUGAGGUUCUUCUGGAGGAGCCUGAAACGAUCAGUGCAGCCGGAUGUGAUAAUCGGAGGUGUGGUGCUGUGGACGUGGUGGUUUGUGGUGAAGGUCAUCCUGCAUGUGCCCAUGACAGUGCUGUAUGCCAUUCGCGACACACCGCUCUAUAUCUACUGGAUCAUCACCCUGCUUAGGGUCGUACAGGAGCUGCUCUAUCUCUGUCGUAUUGUAUAUACAGGUCCUCGUGUGCUGCUGGAGGAAAUCCUGUUCCCAGAGAGCGCCAGCAACAAACACAGCCUUCAGACAACAUCGCUGUGUGGACGCAAAGUGGUCAGCUGGUCUGAACCAGUGCCUCUUCAACUCAUCAAGGCCAUACGUAGCAAUGCGCCCACCAAUGCUGCCAGUUGUGAGGUGAUCCUGUCAGCGAUGGCGGGUGCCCUGAGCGACUACUUCCCGCGAACGGGAGCGCCGCAGCCCGACUCUGUAGUGACGAUAGCGCGCUUCAUGCCGCAGGAGGGACUGCUGCGUCAAUCCUCGUCGUUGGCCCACUCUGGCGGCGGCCUGCUGUGUCUGCCUGUGCCAAUCAGGGUCGCCGCCGCUCAGCCGACACCCACCGACCGCCUAGCCGCAAUGCACAAGGCUCUCUCGCAGGCUAGGUCCAGGCAGGCAGCGCUCUACUUGGCGUCAGUGUACCGCCUGGACUACGGGCUGCUGCCAAAGGUGUUGCCGACAGUGGUGGCGCGAGUGUUGCUCAACAUGCUGUCCCGGCGCUACUCGGUGACCUUGACCCAGGUCGACAACUCAUCGGCUGCCGACUGCGAUCAGCUGACCAGGCGUCGUCUGCUCUGGGGCCAGCAGGUCGAGAGCAUCAUGUACUGGCGACCGCCGCAGGCCAACAUCAGUGUGUCCCUGACACUGAUGAGCUAUGGUGACUCUGUGCGCUUGGGAGUGAUGACUGAUGCAUUGUUGGCCAAUCAGCAUGUAGAAAUCGCAAACGACUUCAACCACCACAUCUAUCGGUUGGCGGCCGCUGUUGGAGUUUCAAGCUGAGAAAUUAUCAAAUCUCCAAUAGCAGCAGGGUCUCUCCGCCUCAUAUACAUUCCCCAUUCCCUGGUACACGGGAAUAAAUCCAUAGAGGAAGCAUAGGUACUCAAAGGUGGGUUUUCGUUUGUGCGUAAAUAAUGCCGUCGUCGACCACGACAGGGUGAGGAUCUCAGAUUGGGCAGAUUUUGGUAUAUCUUGGGGGAGGGUGAAUUUAGCUGACAUUUUUUCGUUCAAACCGAGUAUCUGCUUACGGGCCUUGGAUAAUGAACAAAAAUAACGAAAAAAGUUAUAGGGUAAGCUAUUCUAGCACACUUAAAAUUUGGGCAAUAUGAAUAAUAAUGAAAAUUUUGGGCAAUAUGUCUUCAGACAACAAUGCCUAUCGUCGUCGACUGCGGAAAUUUACGCACAAACGAAACCCCACGUUUAGAAUAGCUUCUAGCUUGUACGGUAUCUGCUUUCUCUGUGAUAAAGCUUUGUAGAAACCCUUAUGAUUCAAUGAGUAGCAUUUCAUUGUGAUAGAUUCUAUCUAAACACUGUGACACUAUUGCAAAACAUAGAAAAAUGUGAAAUUCAUGAACUAUACAAUCGCGCAAAAAUUAGCGUAUUUGGCAGAUGAUUAGACUUAUUUAUCUCAUAAUUUAGGCUUAAGAAUAUUUAGGUAUAGGUUUAAUCAUAAUUUUGACAUGUUACCAGUCAUUUGAGUGUUAUGUAACAAUUAUUGCAGAAAAAAAUCUGUAAAAAGUGACAUGAAACUUGUCAAUUACGGUAUAAAAUCCAUACCUCUGUAGGUAGGUAGCUUUAAUCAUGUUACUUACAUUAUUAGGUUGAAUCAUCAACAGCCGGAUAAAAGUUUAUUGUAUAAAAGAUAAAAUAAAAUCUUUAUAUUGGAUAAGUUUAUUGGUUUAAAGUUCAAAGUCUUUAUAAAUUUAGGAAAGCCAACUCAAGCUCACGAUAUUUGCCUAUAUUAAUACCAAAUAUCAAGGACAUAAUAAAGGUGCCAUGAAGGUUUCAUCGAGGUAAACCUUGUUAUAUGAUUUAUAUUAGGCUACUAUAGAAGAGGCUCACGAUUGUAAUAUGAUCGAGACUUAAGUUUUAAACGUUUUAUCAAGCUGUUCAGUGUCACUUUGUCCUCUCCCGGCAAUAUUGAUCUCAAAAGAGAAGGAAAUAGUCGUAGAAAAUGGUGAAAAACUCCUAUAUUCAUCCAUAUAUUGAGAGAACUGACAUUGAUGAUAGACAUAUUUUGUUAUCGAUUUUACUAUAGAUCUAUUCACUAUUCAUUCCAUCUGUAUCAUAUACUGUAUAUAGUUACAAAGUGAACCUAAAACUCACAACAAUCAUUAUAAAGUGAUAGAGAGAGGAUUUUA